UGAGGUUAUCGUAUUUAUUCAAAAAUCAAAAUUCAAAAUAUUGUUUAAAAUUUUCAUUUUUAAUCAAAGGUACUUUAAACUUGUGGGGACACGGGUUGCGUACAUAUUCCACAUCCGGGACAUCCCGUCAAUCAUCAUUAGCCUAUGCAAACAUCUAAGUGACAACUGUUUAUGGCAAAAAAUUUUGAUGUAAUCAACUGAUGAAUAAGUAAUAACAGUCAACGGAUACCUACUACUGACUAGUACUGAGUGCUGAGAUUUUUAGUGUCAUCAUUUUAAUUAAUUAAACCCUAGUGAGAUGUUGCAUCGCAUCUGUCAAGCUGGUUUGAAGAAGCAGCUUAUGGUCGAUCGUCGACUUGUGCGAUGUGCUAGUGUGAUAAUUUCAAACAAUGAUAGAUCAGCAUUGGUUCAGAAGAACCAUGCAUCUAAUCGUCUUUGUGUUGUUUCCUCUAUUAAUGUUCCAGUACGUUAUAGAAGGUUUGACAAUAAAAAAGACGAUGAUAAUCCAGAAGAAGUGGAAGAAUCUCAAACUGUAAGAGCUGUAUAUGACAUUAAGUCCAAUCAAGAUACUUCAAUUGCAACUAUUCAAGUACCAGAUGAACUGCCUUUCCUACCGUUAGUCACAAUAGCAAAACCGCCGUUAUAUCCUAGAUUAUUUAGAAUUGUUGAGAUCAGUGAUCCUAGAUUAAUUGCUUUGAUCAAAAGAAAAAAAGCUUUAAAUCAACCUUUUAUUGGUCUUUUUAUGAGAAAAAACAUUGAUACAGUUCCAGAUAAUAUUGUUACAAAUAUUGAUGAAGUAUACAGUGUUGGAUCACUUGGUAGAAUAAAUGAAAUGCGAGAAUUUGGAAAUAAAUUACAUAUGCUCAUACAAUGUUUUAGGCGUAUUAAGCUGACCAAGCCACUUUUUGAAGACCAAGAUAUUGAUAAAAUCACAAAUGAUUUGACCAAGCGUAAUAAAAAACAAUCUCGUAAUAAGGGAUCUUCAAGCACUCCUGAAAUAGAGCCAAUUUCAGAAACAGAAAAAACUCAAGAACAAGUGCUUAUGAUUGAAGUAGAAAAUCUAAAAGAUGAACCUUAUGAUAAAACAAUGGAAAUUAAAGCAUUAUCUCAAGAAAUAAUUAAAACUAUUCAAUCAGUUAUUAGCAUAAAUCCCAUAUAUAAAGAAAUAUUACAUCCUAUGUUGCAACAUGGCAAUGUAUCAGAUGAUCCUUCAUAUUUGUCUGAUAUCGCAGCUGCAAUAGCUGAUUGUGAGACUCAUGAAUAUCAAGAAAUUUUAGAAGAAAUUAAUGUUCCGAAACGUCUUUUACUUGCACUUGGUUGUGUAAAAAAACUUUUAGAACUUAGUGAAAUUCAAAUAAAAAUUAGUAAAGAAGUCGAUGAAAAAGUUAAACAACAGCAUCGUAAAUUCAUUCUUCAAGAACAACUGAAAGUAAUAAAAAAAGAGCUUGGCCUUGAGAAAGAUGAUAAAGAUUCGAUUGUGGAAAAGUUCAGAGACAGAAUUAAAGAGAAACAAGUACCAAUUAAAGUUAUGGAAGUUAUUGAAGAAGAAUUAACUAAACUAUCAUUUCUGGAACAACAUUCAUCAGAAUUUAAUGUUACGAGAAAUUACCUUGAUUGGCUAACACAAUUACCAUGGGGUACAACAAGUGAUGAGAAUUUUGAUUUAAAAAGGGCAUCAACUAUUUUAGACGAAGAUCAUUAUGGGAUGGAAGAGGUAAAAAAACGAAUUCUAGAGUUCAUUGCAGUAAGCAAAUUAAAAGGUUCAACUCAUGGAAAAAUUCUUUGUUUCCAUGGACCACCAGGUGUUGGAAAAACAAGUAUAGCAAAAUCAAUUGCAAGAGCCUUAAAUCGAGAAUACUUUAGAUUUAGUGUUGGUGGUAUGACUGAUGUGGCUGAGAUAAAAGGUCAUCGUCGGACAUAUGUAGGUGCCAUGCCGGGUAAAAUGAUUCAAUGUCUGAAAAAAACUUCAACUGAAAAUCCAUUAGUAUUAAUUGAUGAAGUUGAUAAAAUUGGGAGGGGACAUCAGGGUGAUCCUUCAUCUGCGCUAUUAGAAAUGCUCGAUCCCGAACAAAAUGCUAAUUUCUUAGAUCAUUAUUUGGAUGUGUCAGUGGACUUAUCAAAAGUACUAUUUAUUUGUACUGCCAAUGUAAUCAACACAAUUCCAGAACCACUUCGGGAUCGUAUGGAACUUAUAGACGUGUCUGGAUAUGUAGCAGAAGAAAAAAUGGCUAUUGCCAAACAAUACUUAAUUCCUCAAGGGCUUAAGUCUACUGGCCUGAAAAAAGAACAAAUAGAAAUUGCUGAUGAUAGUCUAUCUACUCUUAUUAAAUCAUAUUGUCGUGAAAGUGGUGUACGUAACCUUCAAAAACAUGUUGAAAAGAUGUUAAGAAAAGUUGCAUUGAAAAUAGUUGAAGGUGAAUCAGAAAAAAUAACUAUUAGCAGUGAUAAAUUAUAUGACUUUGUUGGAAAUCCAGUAUUUACAAAAAAUCGAAUGUAUGAAGAUCCAAUACCUGGAGUUGUAAUGGGAUUGGCUUGGACUGCCAUGGGUGGCGCUUUAAUGUAUAUUGAAACCGAGUGGACUAAAGAUCCAGCGACAAUUACGGACAAGGAUAAAGCUGUCGGAAACAUUAUAUUAACGGGUCGCUUAGGCGAAACCAUGCAAGAAUCAGCAAAAACUGCAUACACUGUGGCAAAACGAUUUUUAAGUGAACUUGAUCCACAAAACUUAUCACUGUUGACCGGAAACGUACAUCUGCAUGUUCCUGAAGGUGCUACUCCUAAAGAUGGACCCAGUGCUGGAUGUACAAUUGUUACUGCUUUGUUAUCAUUGGCUUUAAACAUUCCUAUUCGGAACAAUGUAGCUAUGACUGGAGAAAUCUCUCUCAAGGGAAAAGUUAUGCCAGUAGGAGGUAUUAAAGAAAAAACAAUUGCUGCUAAAAGAGAAAAUGUUAAUUGUUUGAUACUGCCUGAAGAAAAUAAAAAAGACUUUAAUGAACUUCCAAAGUUUAUAACUGACGGGAUUGAAGUGCAUUUUGUUUCAUACUAUAAAGAUAUUUUUAAAAUAGUCUUUGAAAACAAAUAAUACUAUUCCUAUUUUUUAAGUUUGUUAAUUUAAAAUUAAAUCAUUGUUAUA